AAUUCCACAUCUUUGACCAAACACAGACACUACUCGAAAACCACAAAAACUUUUUGCUCUCCGAAAUAAAUUGAAAAAUUCACACACAGACGAAAUGGGUGCCGUGUUGGGCAGCGCCCAGCAGGCUGCAAAUGUGCCCACAGUGCGGCCAGGAAGUGCGACAGAGACGGCGCCACGGGAGCUUUCGGAGGCGAAGCCGAAGCGAAGCAAAUCCAAGUCGGGCAAUGUGCAGAGAUUAACCGCGGAGGCCAUUCAUGAGGAGUUCGAUCGACUGCUCGUCGGGCAGCAGGAUCAUCUGACGGAGGUGGGGGAGCGUCCCUGCCUGGAGGCUGCCGGCAAGAUGACCCGCUGCCUGCGCGACAACAGCCAGCAGGCAAUGAAGUGCUUCAGCGUCAUGGAGGUGUACCGCAACUGCGUCACGCGCGCCACACAGGCACGCGUCGACGAACUGGCCGACGAGGGGCCGCCCACGAUGCCCAUGAUGCCCAUGACCCCACCGCAGGCCAUGCCAGCGCCCAGUCGCCAGACCGCCGCCCGCUCCCAUAGAUGGUGGCAGUUCUGGCAUUGGUUUCGCUGAUCCAAAUUUGCAGCUUGAAUAAAAUACAAUUUCCUCAAU